AUGAGUGAAUCAGAAAAUUUCAAACUUAAGGGUUGUACACAAGAUGGUCGUGCAGACAUGACUAAUUUUGAGAUGGAUCUUUUUGACACAAGAAUGAAUUCAUACAAUAUUGAUAAAGAAGAAAGUGAGGAAUGUUGUAAGAAUUCUUUUAUAAAACCUGCAUGCCUUCCAAUAACAAUUGUUUGUUUUUUUAUUUCUAUGGUUAUUAUAUUUCCAUUAUUAAAUGAUGAAGGAUAUGAUACAAGUACUAAAAAUUAUGAAAGAACUGGUAUAUGUAUGGAUUCAUGUUCAAUUAGAUUAGUUGAAAGUAUACCAACUAAUUUAACUUAUGAUAAUAUAAAAUUAUCUUAUCUAUCAACAUAUGAUGCAUGGAAUAUUCUUCUUGAUAAAGCAACAAAAUCUAUUGAUAUGGCUGUUUUAUAUUGGAAUUUAAGAGAAAAUGACUCUAAAAAAUUUCCUACAAGUAUUGAGGGAAGAAAUAUUUAUGAAAAAAUAAAAAAAAUUGGUAAAAGUGGUAUUAAUAUUAGAGUAGCACAAAAUUUAGAAUCAAAAUCUUUUCCACAAACUGAUGCUUUUGAUUUAAAAAAAGAAGCUAAUGUUAAUGUAAGAUCAUUAAAUUUUACUAAACUUCUUGGUUCUGGUGUUUUACAUACAAAAUUUUGGAUUGUUGAUCAAAAACAUAUUUAUAUUGGUAGUGCAAAUAUGGAUUGGAAAUCAUUAACUGAAGUUAAAGAGAUGGGUGUAUUAAUAGAAAAUUGUUCUUGUUUAGCACAUGAUUUACAUAAAAUAUUUAUCGUUUAUUGGACACUUGGAUCUCCUGAUUCACAAAUUCCUAAAAGAUGGCCUAUAUAUUUAAGAACACAUUUUAAUUAUAAUAACCCAAUGUUAUUAAAAUUAAACUCAUUUCCAUCAACAGCUUUUUUUUCAUCAUCACCACCAGAAUUUUCACCUAAAGGAAGACAAAAUGAUUCUGAUGCUAUUCUUGAUGUUUUUGAUGGUGCAGAAAAAUAUGCAAAAUUUGCUGUAAUGGAUUAUCUUCCAACAACAUUAUAUAUGAGUUCUAAUAAAAAUUUUUUUUGGGGUGAUAUUGAUUUUAAAAUUCGUGAAACAAUUUAUAGAGGUAUAAAUGUUAAAAUUCUCCUUUCACAAUGGGAUCAUACAAAAAAUGAAACAAUACCAUAUAUGAAAUCUCUUCUUCAAAUGAAUGAUGCAAAUAUUAAAGGAAAAGUUGAGGUUAAAUUUUUUAAAAUACCAUCAACAGAAGAACAAAAAAAAAUUACAUAUGCAAGAGUUAAUCAUAAUAAAUAUAUGGUUACUGAUCAACAUGCACUUAUUGGUACUAGUAAUUGGGUUGGUGAUUAUUUUAUUACAACUGCUGGUGUUAGUUUAGUUAUCGGUAAAGACUAUGAUAAUAUAAAUGAAAAAAAAGGAAUUGUUGAAGAAUUAAAUGACAUCUUUGACAGAGAUUGGAAUAGUAAAUAUUCUAAAAGUUUAGUUCUUUAA